AUGCUAUCUCCAAAAGCCAUAAAAAAAAAUACAAAAGGAAGGACAACAGUCACGGUUGCGUGCGAAACAGAUGGAGUUAGUCUUGGGCUAGAGACGAGAACAUUACGGGUGACGCAAGAAAAGUGGAAAAUUCUGAGGGAGCCACGUAUGUACUUGGGUAUGGCAGUGGAGAUUGCUCAGUGCUGCCUCACUUUGGCUCAAGACACUACUAUGUCCCAUGCAUACCUUAACAAUCACAACGCUACCAAAAAUGGCUCGCAUUCCUCUCCAUGUGAUGGAGUUAAUGCUGAUGAAGAGCCUUGGGCCUUUAAAGAUGCAUUUUCGAAAACUGGAUCAAAGGAAUGGAGGCGAUAA